AUGCAAGUCCUCUAUGUUCAGGUUUGGAGUGACAUUAAAGCACCAGACAUGAUGAAUUUUGGUGAUAUUAACUCUUAUACUUUGCUUGUUUUCUCAAAUGUUAAUAGGCUUAUUGUCAGUGGAACUGGACAAAUUGAUGGUACUGAAAAAUCUUGGUGGGAUUCCUGUCCAAAGGGAACAAAUUGCAAGACGAGGCCUGCUGCUUUGACGUUCAAUCGGUGUAACAACCUUCAGCUAAGUGGAUUGAGGCAUGUCAAUAGCGCAAAUAACCGCAUUUCGAUUACCAACUGUGCAGUUGCCACCAUCUCAAACAUUCAUAUAACUACACCUAAAACUAGCCCUAACACCGAUGGCAUUGACAUCAGCAAUUCCACCCGUAUUCAGAUUCACGAUUCUUACAUUGGAACUGGUUUCAUUUUUUAA